UAUUUUUAGUUAAGAACAAGAGUGACAGAUAGACUUGGUGAAUUUUAUUUUUAGCUUAUUUGUUUCCUUUUUCAUGAAAAUCUAUGCAGUUUCACAAAUAGGCUCUGGUAAUUGAUCAUCCUCGUUGUGUCUCUCCCUUUCUCCUUUGCAUCACCAUGUGUUCCCAUUUCUGAUUUUGUUAUCCAGAAGGUGAUGUCAAAUUGAGAAAAUAGAGUUCGACCUCAACCACUUAUUAUAAUUCUUAGUUGAGAUUUAGGUUUCGGAGGAAAUAUUGAUUCUGGUUCCAUAUAUUUGCUUCUGUCUUCUUGUUUAUUUUUUAAAAGAAUUUUGAGAGGAAGGCUUCAAAGUUUACAUCAGAGAAGCAUAAAGCGAUGACUAGCAUGGGCGAGAAUUGUUUUAAGCCUCUCCAAAAUACUAAGAAAAUAACUCCGAUGCCACCUCCCAUGCCCCGUUUUGCAGCCACGAGUUGUCCUUGUAAGUGUUUGGUGUCAAAAAAUUCAACACCACCAAGAGGGCGCAACAAUAAUGUCUCUCCAGCAGCAAUAGAAUUUUGGGAGCGUCUUUUUUAUCAAGGUUAUAAAGCAGAUGUUUGCAUUAAUACUGAUAACGGUGGCGUUGUUUAUGCUCAUUCUAACAUUCUUGCCAUGUCUACUCCUGUUUUCCGGGGCAUGUUGAAGCAAGCAAAUUGUCAUCGUCGAUGGCGAACAAUCUCAAUUACUGGGGUUCCACAUGAUGCAGUUCAAGUUUUUAUUCGAUUCUUAUACACUUCCAGUUAUGAGAAAGAAGAAAUGGAUGAAUUCGUCCUACCUCUGUUGGUGUUGUCACAUGUAUACGUCGUCCCUCACUUGAAGCGUGAAUGUGAACAGAAGUUAGAACUGAGUUUACUCACCAUAGAUAAUGUGGUGGAUGUAUUUCAACUUGCCCUACUUUGUGAUGCACCAAGACUUAGCCUUAUUUGUCACCGAAAGGUGCUGAAAAACUUCAAAGUUGUUUCAGAAACAGAAGGAUGGAAAACAAUGAAGUUGAGCCACCCAGCUCUAGAAAAGGAAAUUGUCGAGUCAAUGGUCGAUGAAGACAUUAUUAAAAAGGAGAAAAUCAGAAAAAAUAAGGAAAGAGAGAUAUAUUUGCAAUUAUACGAGGCCAUGGAAGCCCUUGUUCACAUUUGUAGAGAUGGUUGUCGAACUAUUGGUCCUCACGACAAAGACUUCAAAGCAAACCAACCAUGUAAGUAUACAGCAUGCAACGGAUUAGAAUUGCUUGUUCGUCAUUUUGCUGGAUGCAAGUUGAGAGUCCGUGGAGGUUGUGUUCAUUGCAACAGGAUGUGGCAAUUAUUGGAGUUACACUCUCGAUUAUGUGUUGAUCCUGAUUACUGUAGAGUUCCUUUGUGCAGGAACUUUAAAGAGCGAAUAUCAAAACAAAACAAGAAAGACGAAAUUAGGUGGAAAAUAUUGGUUCAAAAGAUCUUGAGAACAAGAGGAAUUGGGAUAGCAUCAUGCUUUCUGCCACAAUAACUAUGGCCAUCUGGUGGGUAUAUAGAAUGUGUUUGUAAGAAAUGGCCUUCAAAGAUUAAGUGUUUCUCGUCUCAACCUUAUUGAUUAAAUAAAUAAGAAGCAGGGGAACACUUUUUUCUAA